GCUAUCGGAGCAUUGCUCAUACACAGAUCGACCUCAGCACCGAUCACAUCGCAGUCAAAUAUCACCGUCUUACACUGUAAAGAUGUUUGACGUGAUUCAGUCUUUAAUGCAUAACUUAACAGCCAGCCGAAGCUGUGCAAUAAAUGAUAAAAUCUUUUCAUCAUCCCAGGAUCUAAAAAUCCAGGACUUUAAAGUCCUUACCUUGCUGGGUAAGGGCUCUUUUGCGUGUGUGUACAGAGCCAAAUCUGUGAAUACAGGACUGGAAGUGGCAAUCAAAAUGAUUGACAAGAAGGCCAUGCACAAAGCUGGCAUGGUGCAACGUGUUAUUAACGAGGUAGAGAUCCAGUGUCGGUUGAAACACCCGUCAAUACUAGAGCUGUACAAUUACUUUGAGGAUAGUAAUUAUGUGUACCUGGUCCUGGAGAUGUGCCAUAAUGGGGAGAUGAGCCGUUAUCUGAAAGACAGAAAGAAGCCAUUUGCAGAGGAAGAAGCAAGACACUUCAUGCAUCAGAUUGUAAAGGGCAUGCUUUAUCUGCAUACCCAUGGUAUUAUGCACAGAGACCUGACCCUGUCAAACCUGCUACUCACCAGCAACAUGAACAUUAAGAUAGCAGACUUUGGCUUAGCCACUCAACUCAAGCUGCCCACCGAGAAACACUUCACUAUGUGUGGCACGCCUAACUACAUCUCUCCUGAAGUGGCUACACGGAGCGCCCAUGGCCUGGAGUCAGAUGUUUGGUCACUUGGCUGCAUGUUUUACGCUUUCCUCACUGGCAGGCCUCCUUUUGACACAGACACUGUCAAACACACCCUCAGUAAAGUGGUUCUGGGGGAGUACCAGAUGCCUACUCGUGUAUCAGCUGAGGCUCAAGAUCUGAUCCAGCAGCUGUUGCAAAGGAAUCCUGCUCUGAGGCCGAGCCUGUCAGCAGUGCUGGACCACCCUUUUAUGACUAAGAAUGGAUCCAGUGCAAGCAAAGACUCUGGGUCUAGUGAUGGAGGGUCCAUGGACAGUGGCAUUGCAACAAUAUCUACAGCAUCCAACGCUGCCAGUAACAGUGGCAACAGUCGACUCCAGAGAAAAACUAUGCAGGUGAUUGGACAGACCUUGCCCAACCGCAUGAUGCCUUUGCCAAGCCAAUCGCAGCAAUCUACAAGCUCAAGUUUUAAGGGGGAGCAGGACUGGCAACCACAUUCAAUGGGUAAUGUUAGGGUUCCUGUGAAUCCUGUCAGUGGAAGACCAUAUUCACGCUACCUGAGACGGGCUCACUCCUCAGAUCGUUCUGGUUCUGGCUUUAGCCACUGUAAACAGGAUGUGGAGCUAGAGCGAUGCCACUCGGAGGAGGUGCUUCCUGGGUCUGACCGCAUCUUCCCAUCAACUUCCAGUUACCAGGACAUUCCCCAUGGCUACACUGAACAUGGACGACUUCCUUCACCUCCUGUCAAACAGCCUGCAAACUCUGGGUCCUCCUUCUCUGCCUCAUCACAUCCUGUCAGAUUACAGACAGCAGAAAAUGGGCCCUGGUUCAGCUCUGAUGGCUCGUUUAAGAGACCAGCAGACGUCAGCACCUGCAGCAGCAGCAGCAGUUUUCAUUCUGGGCGGGAUACAACGGGGGCACUGCCUACCUGUAGUGGCAGACCAAUGGCAAGAGGAACGAAUGGCAUUCCCCAUCAGUUGUACCAACAACCUGCCUCACAGAACAACACAGGACCCUGUAAGGAGGACGGGUUUGGCAUGAGCCACUUCUCAGCACCGCAGGGGUGUUUUGAAAUGCAGACGGCUCCCCUGUCCAAGAGUAAAUCUACUGAAGAGAAGAAAAAGCCAUUUCUUCCUCUGUGUGCUGCCAGACUGAAGCCCAUCCGACAGAAAACCAAAAAUGCUGUGGUCAGCAUACUGGACACAGGAGAGGUGUGUAUGGAGCUUCUGAAAGGCCAGGGAGCUCAGGAAAGGGUCAAAGAAGUCCUGAGGAUAUCCUGUGAUGGCUCCAUGGUGACUGUGUACCAACCCAAUGACGGUAAAGGUUUCCCAGUUCUAGACCAUCCACCUUCUCCCCCUGAAGAUAUUUUUAUAUGCAGUUAUGAGGAUUUGCCAGAAAAGUUCUGGAAGAAGUAUCAGUAUGCCACCAAGUUUGUUCAGCUGGUGAAAUCAAAGACUCCCAAAGUAACUCUAUACACCAAAUAUGCCAAGUGCAUGUUAAUGGAAAACUCUCCUAAUGCAGACCUAGAAGUGUGCUUCCAUGAUGGUGCAAAAACUCAUAAGACAAGCGAUCAGAUGCGAGUGGUCGAGAACAGUGGCAAGUCGUAUACAGUGAAGGGUGAUGUAGGUCUGAGUGCCGUUAGCCCUGAGUGCAGACUCUACAUGGAGCUCACAGAAGAGGGACACAGGAUGUGUCUGUCUCUGGAGGCUGCCAUCAGUGCUGAGGAGCAGCGCAGUGCUAAAGCCACUCCAUUCUUCCCCAUCACUAUUGGCAGGAAACCAACUAACCCCGCCUCCCCGUUCUCUGUGGCCCAGCCUGCCUCUGACCGGGGUCCUGCAGCCCCUGUUGAGGUUGAGCAGGUGUGUUUGAGCCCGCCUCAGCCACCCCACAUCACUCCAUCUAUGAUUUCCUACAGUGGCUCUGAUUUUACGACAGCCAGUCUGGCUAAAGGCAGCUCACCACAAUCACCUAAAGAUGGACGUACAGGAAAAGUACUCAAGUCCAUCUUUGUACCCAACAUUGGCUGGGCCUCACAGUUAACAAGUGGAGAGGUGUGGGUCCAGUUCAAUGAUGGGUCCCAACUGGUGGUCCAGGCAGGGGUCUCCUGCAUUACAUUCACCUCCCCUGAAGGACACACUACCAGGUAUAAGGAGAAUGAGAAGUUACCAGAGAUUGUCAAAGAGAAGCUCCAUUGUCUGUCCUCCAUUCUGAGUCUUUUGGCGAGUCCUGCUGCACGACGCUGAGCAGCAACAGUUGAACAGAGAACGUAGAGCAAGCUGUGAUCACUGAACGUGGUUAAAAGCAGUCAAAGGCACUUCUUUUUUAGCUUUGUGAAAUGCAUUACAUGUCUGUAAAUACGUUUUAAACAUUUGUACAGGUGGUUCCAAAAUUAUGAAAAUGAUAUAUUUUUUAUGUUGUACAGCUUUUCCUGAACUUGUCUUGUGCAUUUGUACUGUGUCAAAGAAUAUUUUUUACCUUGCAAAAUGUAUCUCAGUGGCUUCAGUAAAAUGUCAGAUGUAUUAACA